AGUGUCGCGGUUAAAGAAAUCAGUCUACGUUGAACACUCAACCAUGCAACUACUCUCAGCAGUUGUACUGCUCCUGGUGUGUGGGUCAGGAUAUGUGUCAGGAGAUGGAAAAUAUUGGUGGAUGAACUCAGGAGCUUUUAACAACGGGGGAGCAGGGAAUAAUAUUCAAAACAAUAACAAUCACAAGGCGCAUAAUAAUCAACAAGGUGGGACCAACCUGCAGCCUGGAAAUAAUUAUCAAAACUCAGGAAACAAUUAUCAACAACCAGGAAAUAGUUUCCAGCAGAAUAAUCCAGGAAAUAAUUUCCAGGGAAAUCAAGAUAACUUUAGCCCCUGUCCACAAGACCUCUCCUGUCUCCCCCAAAAUGAAUGUUGGACCCCCCCUGAAGGGGCAAUUCUUCCCAGGGUAGCAAGUUUUCAAGAUUGUGGAGUAAAUGAGGUAUGCUGUACCCCCAGCCAACCUGAAAAAUCUGAGGAUCUAAUCUUACCAGACACUGUAAAUCCGUCCAGUAAUAGCAUUAAUCCGGAAUCAGAGCUCCCAGAUCUAAUAACAACAGAAUGUCCUGCUGGUAUGCUUUGUGUGUCUGGUAACUAUUGUGAUAAUAAUACAGAAGUUACAACAAGCCCCCUUCAGCUCUCACUAGCAGAUCAAGAUUUAAGAAAAAAGCUCAUUCCGUGCAUGAACCAGAUAACCAGGCAGCUUGAAGUAUGUUGUAACCAAGUAGAAUCUCUUGACUAUCCUACCUCGACUGAUACAACAGCUGUUUUGUUAGCUGACGGGUCGGAAUCAGCUGACUUAAAUGAAUCAUCUGAUUUAUCCGAGUCAGCUGACUCUGAACUUGAAACUAGCGAAAGUGUAAGCUCAGCUAAUCUUGUGCUUCCAGGAAGUGUACUGCCUGCCACACAAGGCCUAGUUAACUCACCUAACCAGGGAUCAUGCCCUGUAGUAAAUAAUAUUCCACCGGUUGAACAGUGCGCGGGACGUGCUUCCAACUGUUGGAGUGUUGGUCAAACUGAUGUUGACUGUAUCGAUAACGCUCUGUGCUGCUUUGAUGGGUGUUCUAAUGUCUGCCAGGGUCAAGGAGUGAGGCCAGGUCUUCCUGUGCCACAAGUAAAUGCCAGGGGACAAUCUACCCCCUCAAACAACAACAAUGAUAUAGCCUCUGGGAAUGGAUUUAAUGGUCAGAAUGCAGCCUCAAAUAACAAUGGAAACAGGCCGGGAAAUAAUGUUCAACCCAACAAUCGCGUAAAAAGCAAUCAAGGCGACAGCAAUAGAAAUCCUGGUAUCAGUAACUCUGGGAUCCAAGGAAAUAAUGGUGGAUCUGGAUACAGCAGCCCUAAUAAUGUUCAAAAGGCAGCGUCAAGCAACAAUGUAAAUAGGCCUGUCAGUAACCGACAACCUAACAAUGGUGUAAAUAAUAAUCAAGGGAGUAACAGACAACCAAACAAUGGUGUAAAUAAUAAUCAAGGGAGUAACAGACAACCUAACAAUGGUGUAAAUAAUAAUCAAGGGAGUAACAGACAACCUAACAAUGGUGUAAAUAAUAAUCAAGGGAGUAACAGACAACCUAACAAUGGUGCAAAUAGUAAUCAAGGCAGUAGCUUUAACAACCUUGGGAACAGCAGUGGUGGUCGAAAAUCCUAUGGUGGUUCUGGACACAAGGGCCAAACAAACUCAAACAGCAACCAAGCCCCUGGUGUUAACACUAAUCUCGGAGUUGGGGCCUCGUCCAAUAGCAAUGGGUAUGGAGGCAACAGUGGAGGUUGCCAACCCAAUGGCGGUGGGAAAAGUGGUGGCUGUCAAAAUAAUGCAGGUCUAAAUGGAGGUUGCCAAAAUGGAGAUGGUUGCUCCAACGGGUACAGAGGAAAUUCAGGAUCAAUUUCACCGGUACAGCCUCCAAACCCCAGACCUGUUCAACCACAACAACAACAACAACAACAACCUCGGCCUGUUCAGCAACAACAAGCUCAGCCUUCUCAACAACAGCCAUUUGUGCAACAACAACAACAGCAACCAAGACAACCUGUACAACAGCAACCUAGACCAGUACAACAACAACAACAACCUAGACAACCUGUACAACAACAACCAAGACCUGUACAACAGCAAUCACAACAGAAUUUUGUACCUGCAGAUCAGAAACCCUUCACUCAAUGUCCAAGUGCUAUGAAAUGUGUUCCAAGGAUAAACUGUAAUUUCGAGGGAGUGAUGGUAAACGAAGUUUUCAAUCUUUCCCCAGAACUAGAGAUGCUUCGUGUUCCUUUGAUACCUUGUGUGAACCAACAAGCUGGAAAUGUUGUUGAUGUAUGUUGCAGAGAUCCUAAUUACCAGGAUCCCUGGCCCGACAUGAACAACAACAACAACUUCCAGGGAAAUCAAGGAAACCCAGGAAACCAGGGGAACCAAGGGAACCAGGUGUUCUUAGGAAACCAGGGAAAUAAUGCUGUUAAGAACAAGAAGAAGAAUACUGGAUACGGAAAAUAGUGACAUUUUUAAUUUGCAAGAAUAUGCUUUAUUUUAUAAAAAUAAAAGUUACAUUACUUUA